GUCAGGAUUCAGGCUGGAUCCAGGACGACAAGCCAUGUUGCGUGUCCUGCUUCUGCUCAGUGGGCUCGGUGGGCUCCGGACAGACAGUUAUUCUGACAGAAUAGCUAUGCAAAUUAUAGUUCCAGAGAAAAUACGGUCAAUAAAAAAAGGAGGAUUUGAAUCACAGAUAUCCUACAAAAUUGUCAUUGCGGGGACAUCAUAUACUGUGAAUCUAAUGCAAAAAACUUUUGUACCUCAUAAUUUCAGAGUUUAUGGUUAUAAUGGCACAGGAAUUAUGAAACCUCUUAACCAAGAUUUUCAGAAUUUCUGCUACUACCAAGGGUAUAUUGAAGGUUAUCCAGAUUCGGUGGCGAUAAUUAGCACAUGUACUGGACUCAGGGGCUUACUACAGUUUGAGAAUGUUAGUUAUGGAAUUGAACCCCUGGAGUCUUCAGUUGGUUUUGAACAUUUGAUUUAUCAAGUAAAACAUAAGAAAGCGGAUGUUUCCUUAUAUACUGAGAAGGAUAUUGGAUCAAGAGAUCCGUCCUAUAAACUACAAAGUGUACAGCUACAAGAGUUAUCUCAGUAUAUAGAAAUGCAUGUUGUCAUUGAAAAAAGAUUGUAUAAACACAUGGGUUCUGAAACAGCUGCUGUCACUCAAAAAAUAUUCCAGUUGAUUGGAUUGACAAAUGCUAUUUUUACUUCAUUUAAUAUUACAAUCAUUCUAUCAUCCUUGGAAUAUUGGAUAGAUGAAAAUAAAAUUCUAACCACUGGAGAUGCUAAUGAAUUAUUACACAAUUUUUUAAAAUGGAAGAGAUCUUAUCUUGUUUUACGUCCUCAUGAUGUGGCAUUUUUAUUUGUUUACAGAGAAAAUUCAAACUACGUUGGUGCAAUCUUUCAAGGGAAGAUGUGUGAUAGGAACUAUGCAGGCGGUGUUGUUCUGCACCCAAGAACCAUAAGUCUGGAAUCGCUUUCAGUAAUUUUAGCUCAAUUACUAAGCCUUAGUAUGGGAAUCCCUUACGAUGAUAUUAACAAAUGCCAGUGCUCAGGAGCUGUCUGCAUAAUGAACCCAGAAGCAAUUCAUUUCAGUGGUGUGAAGCUCUUUAGUAACUGCAGCGUGGAAGACUUUGUACACUUUAUUUCAAAGCAGACGUCCCAGUGUCUUCAAAAUCAGCCUCGCUUAGAUCCACAUUACAAACAACAGAAAGCACAGUGUGGUAAUAACGUGGUGGAAGAAGGUGAAGACUGUGACUGUGGUUCUGCAGAGGAGUGUGCUGCUAGAGUGCCAAAAUGCUGUGAAGCCACUACAUGUAAAUUAACGGCUGGUUCAAACUGUGCUGCAGGACCAUGCUGUGAAAAUUGUAAAUAUAGGUCAAAAGAAUAUGUUUGUAGGUGGUCUACUGAUGAAUGUGAUCUCUCUGAAUUUUGCAAUGGAUCAUCUGCAGCAUGUCAGGAAGACUUAUUUGUUCAGAAUGGGCACCGAUGUGCCGAAAAUAAUUGGCUCUGCAUUGAUGGAAGAUGUUUACAUGGGGAUAAACAAUGUAGACAAGUAUUUGGCUCAGGAACAACAUUUGGUCCUGGGGAAUGUUUUUCUCAUCUUAACUCUAAGACCGAUCAAUCUGGAAACUGUGGUUCAGGUCCUUCAGGAUACACAAAAUGUGGCCCUAAUGAUAUGCAAUGCGGAAAAUUAAUAUGUAAAUAUGAAAGUGAAGAAAUAAUUAAAAUUCCAAAUGCCACUAUUAUUUAUGCCAACAUAACUGGAAAAAUUUGCGUUGCUUUGGAAUAUCCCCAUAAUCAUCGAAAAAAAGAAAUGAUGUGGGUAAAAGAUGGAACUGUCUGUGGUAAUAAUAAGGUUUGCAGGAAUAAGCAAUGUGUGGAUUCUGCAUACUUGGGCUAUGAUUGUACUGAAGAAAAAUGCAACCGUCAGGGUGUAUGCAAUAACAGAAAGAACUGUCACUGUUUCCCUUCAUACUUACCCCCAAAUUGCCAAGUUGAAUUUAAUGCAUGGCCUGGUGGGAGUAUUGACAGUGGCAAUUUUCCACCUAAUAGUAUCAACAUACCUGACAAAACUCCAUCCACUGGACGCUCCUUUGAGAAUGCUCGCGAAUCCAGACCAAGAUGGCCAUUUUUCUUACUCUUCCCUUUUUUCGUUGUGCUCUGUGUAGUGAUUGCCCUACUGGUGAAAGUUCAUUUCCAAAGGAAAAAAUCAAGAACUGAGAACUACUCAAGCGAUGAGCAACUGGAAAGUGAGAGUGAGCCUACAGAGUAG